UCCACCGCAAGCUUUCCGCUUCGAGAGGUUAGGAACGUCCGCCUGCCGGCCGGCUGUGUUCGUGACCACACACGUACACGUUCAUCGACAAAGGCGUGCUCGUACAUACACACAUACACAAACACACACAACCGCGUAAUGACAGCAGGGAGUUGGGGCAACAUCGAACACAGCAGAUGGGGAGUUUGCUUCUGAAACGAAAGCCAGUCGUUGUGGUGGCGUGGUUCAAGCUGCCCGCCUUUUCCUGGCAUCUCCGCGUUAUUUCGCGCUCCUUUUAUCCUUCUCCCUCGUUUCUCAUUCUUUUCGUCGAGAUUUGAUCCACGGAAAACCGGUGACAGGGAUGGAUCUGUCGCGUGCCUUCCUUCCUUCCUUACUUCCGUCUCCGGUGCAGCGCCAUCUUCCCCUCUGAGGCAUCUCGAGAUCUCGAACUCUGGCGGGAUAUUGAAAACUUUCGAUAUUGUCUUGUCGUAAAGUACGAGAUGGGAGGAGAUAGAAGAAUUAUUAAAUUAAGUUAGAAUUGAUACGAAGUGACCAGGUAUCGAUUGAUUAUCACAAUUGAUAUUGAUAUAAAAGAUUGCGAAGUAGUUGAUACGCCUCAGUUCGAGAUAUGUAUUUACAAGACCCAGUUCCAAAAAAGUUUAAAGAGCGUUCGAACUAUUUCUUCCAAAUACGUCCUCUUUUCUGAUCUCGAUUCCCAACGAUUCUCAAUGGCUUUGGCAUUGUCCUAUCAUCGUCCAAGAAGACCGUUAACCGUUCAUUCAGCCACCAGAGUUGCGCGACUCAGACUCUUAGGAAAUGUUUUCGCACCCAGAUCAUCCAGUGCAGGCACAAACAAUCUCCCACCAUUAACAUUUCACCAGGUUCAUGGUGAAAAUAUCAGACUUUGCAAUGGCGGGACCAUCGCCAGAAGAUACGAGAGCUUCUGCAGGGGUAUCACGUUCAGUGCCAGGCCUGUACGAGUCGGUGAAAAGGUAUGCGUCAAGUUCCUCGAGAUCUCCAACAACUGGAGCGGCGUGAUACGCUUCGGUUUCACCAGCAACGACCCGAUCAACCUCCGCAACGGUUUGCCAAGGUAUGCCUGUCCGGAUCUGACGAAUAAACCCGGUUACUGGGCGAAGGCCAUGGCCGAGAGACUCGCCGAAAGGGACACGGUGCUCUUCUACUAUGUCACCUCGGCGGGCGACGUUCAUUUCGGUGUGAACGGCGAGGAAAAAGGCGUAUUCUUCAGCGGCGUCGAAACCCGUGGCCCUUUGUGGGCUAUCAUCGACGUGUACGGUAACAGCACCGCGAUCGAGUUCGUCGAUCCCAACAGGCAACACUUCAACAACAUCAGGAGAGGCGCCGAGCAUAGCAACGAGGACAAUGCACAACACAGCAGGCACUCGGCCAUGGACGAUGCGAGCAACGCGAGCAGGGACGUCGAAAGGAUCAUCGUUCCGUCCAUGCAGAGCAUGUCGAUCCAUCAUGAGCCUGACGUAGAGCUGCCUGGACUCAGGUUUCAGCCUGCCGGUGUCAUCUUCACGCCGUUACCCUUUCAUCCGACUCGAGGCCGGAACAUCCGCUUCAGCAAUCAGCAGUGCGUGGCAACUCGGACGGACACGGAAUUCUGUCACGGUUACGCGUUCACGAGUAGACCAUUGCUGCUGGGCGAACGUUUGGUGGUUCAAAUCUUGGCUACGGAGCCAAUGUACGUGGGCGCCCUCGCCCUGGGUCUGACAUCCUGCGACCCAGCACGACUGACCGCCGAGGACCUGCCAGAUGACAGCGACCUCCUUCUGGACCGACCUGAAUACUGGGUAGUCUCGAAAGACGUGGCUUCCAGCCCUCAACCCGGCGACGAGAUAGCCUUCACGGUGACGCACUUCGGUGAAGUUCAAAUGAGCAAAAACGGCGGACCACCCAGCGUGGCGAUGCACGUGGACCAAAGUCUUCAGUUGUGGGCGUUCUUCGACGUGUACGGUAGCACGCAGCGUGUGAGGAUGCUGGCGGAGAGGCCUACGUCGCCGCCCAGACAACGGCAGAGCAACCCGUCGCCGGUGACCAUGCUGCAGCAGAAGCAACAACAGAAGCAGCAGCAACAGCACUCGAAUCAUAGCAACGCGGCCACGGAGUUAUCCAGAUUCUCGGAGGUGGUGCAGUUCAAGCCUGCCGUAGGCGGCGGCACGGUGCUCGUGGUGAACCUGCCUCCACAGACAGGCUACGUACCACCCUCUGCGUCCACACCUCAGCCCACGUACGCCUCCUCGGGUGUGCACAGGAACUCGCACGUCCACAUGCCAGCGGCAGCUGCAGCAGCUUCCACGUCGCACCCCAGUUCGUCCAGGCAAUCCUCGCCACCAUUGACCGGCACUAUGGCCAGCACGGGAUCCUCCACGUACGUCGAGCCUGUCAACUACCAGAGUCUGGAUGGCACCCUCACGUCCCAGGCUUCGUCUCACCUGCAGCAGUGGAGCGAGGGACUGCAACCCACACCCGGGCAACCCAACGAGUGCUCCGUCUGCUACGAGAGGAGCAUCGACAGCGUGCUGUACAUGUGCGGCCACAUGUGCAUGUGCUACUCAUGCGCCAUACAACAGUGGUGCGGCAAAGGUGGCGGCCAUUGUCCUCUCUGUCGGGCCACCAUCAGAGACGUGAUCCGCAUCUACAGAUCCUGAACAACGGCGCAGGGACUCCACG